AUGAGCAUGUUUCUUAAUAUACUUAUUUUGCUUGACGCAGCAAGUGUUGCUUUUCUUUCAAUAACAUUUCUUAUGAUUAAUUUAAAUGAAGAGAGCUUACUAUUAAGUAAAGCGCACCGAGAAAAUGGGAAAAAAGCAUUGGUUGCAGCCAUAUUAUUAUAUGCUGUUUUUUUAGUUUUAUUAUUUAUAUACAGAGCGUACAAAAACAAGCGAAAGUUAUAUAACAACUUUUUUAUGAAAAACAGAAACGCACCUAAGUAUGUUCAGCUCUCAAGCACGUAUUUUUCAGCAAGCGAUGAUUAUGAGCAGUAUGAGCUAAGUAAAAUAUAG